AUGACUAUCGACUCCCACUUUCUGUCCCUAUACUCAUACAAAUCCCUUCUCCGAACGAGGAUAUCGUGUUUCUCAUUCGCCCUCCUAAUCGCAGCAUCAAGAACAGGAUUCCGCUCGCAGUACGCCCGGAAAACCUGCGGGUCGAGUAUAGAGUUACGCCACACGCGUACAGCGAGAUUGUUUACUAGGAUGCGGAAGAGGCGCGGGAAGCGCGUUGUAUGUGGAUACGUCCUGAAAGAAGUAAUGGCAUCGAUGUCUACGUACAGCGGAAAGCAGUUUCGCACGAGGUUUUCGCUCUCCUGCCAAAGUUUAUCGAGGUAUCUGCCCAUUCCAAGUGCAGAUGCGGCGGCGCAUACAUCCAAAGAUAUUGUCAUGGGUAGACGGAGGCCGUAUGGCAGGGGUUCGCUUGUGGUCUACGAAGGGCCAAACUCAGAUUUCGAUGUCUUUGGCGGCGAUCGCUUUUGUAGACGGAGCGGUGUCUACGAUCUUGUUAUGGUACGUCUGGAUCGUCGCAUCAACAAAGAUUAUGUCCCAGACCCUGUCGUCUACGCGAACGUUGAGGCUGUAAAAACAGAAUGGUAGAGAGGACAUGGUUCCUCACCUCCUCUCUUUGAGUCGAUCCGGAUGUUGUGAAGGAGUGUUGCAUUAAUCUUCUGGGCUAAGUGGGUGCUUCGAGUCCGCGUCAGGGAAUAUUGAUUCCAGUCUGGAGCUAAGAUAGAGGAUAGAAUGGUGCAAGACAGGGCACAAAGGGUUAGAUACUAACGGGAGUAAGCGAAGGCUGUAAUCUUGUGUUUUGGCAC